AUGUCUGCAACCCUAACCCUAACCAACCCUAACCCUAAUACCGGGUAUCUCUUCUACCCGAAGCAACCGACGGACAGAAGACAGACAGAAGACAGAAUACAUAAACCCCAAACCGUCAAGUUCUGGCUGGUCAUCGCCUGCAAUCUUCUUGCCCUCUUCGUUGUCGCCCUCGACCGCACCAUCAUCACCACCGCCAUCCCCCAGAUCUCCGACGAGUUCCAUGCCCUGCAAGACAUCGGCUGGUACGUCUCGGCGUACAUGUUGACCAGCGCCGUCGGGCAGUUGAUCUACGGCCGACUCUACAAGUUCUACAACAUGAAAUACACCUUCCUGGCCUCCAUUGUCGUCUUCGAGGCCGGUUCUGCUCUCUGCGGUGCAGCCCCCAACUCCGGCGCGUUCAUCGCCGGACGUGCCAUCGCCGGCUUUGCCGGCGCCGGCAUCUUCUCGGGCUGUAUGCUGGUCAUCAUUCCCAUGGUGCCGUUGCAUAUCCGGCCCAAAUUCCAGGGCAUGUUCGGCAUGAUCUUUGGGGUUGCUUCUGUCCUGGGGCCUUUGAUCGGUGGUGGAUUUACCCAGGGGGUUACAUGGAGAUGGUGCUUUUAUAUCAACCUCCCCAUCGGUGCCGUCUCGUGGGUCUUCAUGCUGCUGGUCUGGCAUCCCCCCGCCAGACCUCGCCCGGCUGUCUCUCCGUUCACCCAUUUCAAACGCCUCGAUCCGCUGGGAAUGCUGUUCUUCAUUCCCGCCAUGGCGUGUCUGAUCCUCGCGCUGCAGUGGGGAGGCACAACAUACGCCUGGAACAACGGGCGGGUCAUCGCCCUGCUGGUCGUCUUUGGCGUGCUUCUCAUCGCGUACGGCGCCGUCCAGGCAUACCUGCCGGACAGUGCGACGAUUCCUCCCAAGAUCGUCAUGCAGCGGAGUAUCUUCUGUGCCGCCUUGUACACCUUCUGCGUGUCGGGGGGGAUGAUUCUCAUGAUCUACUACAUCCCGGAAUGGUUUCAAACCGUCAAAGGCUUCAGCUCGACUCGCUCCGGAGUCGACAUGUUCCCCCUCAUGUUGAGCAUGAUCGUGUCGACCUUCUCCGGCGGCAUCACCACCCAGAUCCUAGGCUACUACGUGCCCGCCAUGCUGAUCUGUCCCACCAUCCUGGCCACCGGCCUGGGCCUCCUCUCCACCUUCAAUCUCAAUACAGGCAUGUCGCGCUGGGUCGGUUUCCAGUUCCUGUCGGGCUUCGGUCUGGGCUUCGGUCUGCAGAUCUCCGGCCUGGUCGUCCAGCGCAUCUUGCCUGCUGACGAUAUCCCCCUCGGCAUCGCCCUCUUGUUCUUCCUGCAGCAGCUCGGGGGUUCCGUCUUCAGUGCCGUCGGUGAGAACAUGCUGGAAAACAUGCUUGUCUCGCGCCUACAGGGCAUCGUGCCCGGUCUGGACGCCAGCACCAUCUCCAGCAGUGGAACAACCGGCUUGAUCGAUCUGGUGCCAGACGCUGACAAGGUCGCCGUGCGCUCUGCGUACAACUAUGCCAUUACCCGCAUCUUCCUGGCUGCCAUGGGCGUCUCGCUGGGUGGGUUGGUGAGUGCGUUGGGCAUGGAAUGGCGCACCAUCAAGAAAGAGGACAAACCGGAGACUCAGGAUGUAGAGGCUCAGGAGAAGGAGGGUGAGCAAGCAGCACCAGAAGAUGGAGAGAAAGAGUGA